AUGAAGGGUUUUCUGAUCUGCCUUGCCGUCAUUUCGGUCGUCAGUGCCGAGCAGCGUGACAAGCGUGGCGUCCUGCCGCAUCUUGGGCUCGGACACGCCUACGGACACGGUUACCACGGCGGCGUUGCCUUGGCUGGACCCCACACGGGACCCAACUCCCUUGUCGGACCAUCCAACGGCCCCUCGGCCCUGGCCGGACCAGUUGUGGGACCCGCCCGUAUCUCUGGUGCUGUUGACCACGGCGCGGUCGUCACUGGUGCCGUUGCCGGACCAUCUUACGUUGAACAUUACGGACCUCAUCAUGAGCACUACGGUGUAGGGCCUCACGGUGUGGCCCAUGGCGCCUACGGUUACCCCGGCCACGUUGGCUACGGUUACCCCGGACACGUUGGCUACGGCUACGCCGGCCACGCCGGCUACGGUUACCCCGGACACGGUGCGAUAUUGACCGCUGGGGGUCACCACGGAUACAUUAGCCACGCGGUAGCCCCCGCCCACUACGGAGCUUGGCCCCACGCUCAUGGAGUCGCGGUUGCUGGACCACACGCUCACGGAGUUGCACUUGCUGGCCCGCACGCAGGACCAGUGGCAGUGGCGGGUCCCCACGCUGGACCGGUAGCUGUGUCGGGUCCCGAUGCGGGUUCCGCCGUGAUCGCCGGCCCAUCCGGCAAAAUCACGACGCACGGCGCCGGCCACGGAGCAGCCAUCGUCAGCGGACACGGACACAUCUAAUUUUAGGGUGUGCUUUUAAUAAUCCCGCCCCACGUCCCCUCACCCCCCGAUGAUACUCUACCGCAGGAAAGGAACUCACCGUUGGAAGCUAAUACCUUACGGUCCACCAACAACGGAAGACCGGAGAAAUCGGAGGAGAGAAGUACCUGACGAUGAGAAGAGAACUCGAGCUCAAGCGCGUCCCGAAAACCCAUGUGUAUAUUGUACCUGUAAAAUUAUAUCGGCUUUCAUUUCUCUUUUCCUCUACCUCUAUUUCAUCUCCAACUGUUUCCUCCCCCUCCCCUCUUCUUCUGUCGCGAGAGUUCACGAUGCCACGCCAUUUUUUUAUCAUGCAUUGCGUACACGCGUGUGUGUGUGUGUGUACGCAUGUAUAUAACGACACAUAAGUAAAUAUGAAUACCUUUUUUUUUUUUAUUACGACUCGAUUUGACAAUUGACGGUGUGUGUAAAUAUUAUGUAUAUCAAGUGAAUACACGCUCAA